CUCGAGCGGAAUGACCAUCCCUAAACUACAAAAUUGUAGUACUUAUCACAUACAUCACGCUUUACUCACUUUGGCACGGUUUGUAAAAUGACGAACGAUAUAUCUAAAAAGAAGGUAAAGGGGCCCAGUGAGAAAAAGGCGAGAAGAAAGACGAGGAGGAGAGAGACUUACGCGAUGUACAUUUAUAAAGUUUUGAAACAGGUCCAUCCCGACACGGGUAUUUCUAGCAAAGCCAUGAGCAUCAUGAAUUCCUUCGUUAAUGACUUGUUCGAGAGGAUUGCCACAGAAGCGUCCCGCCUGGCUCAGUACAACAAGCGCUCCACCAUCACAAGCAGGGAGGUGCAGACCGCCGUGCGGCUGCUGCUGCCCGGAGAGCUGGCGAAGCACGCAGUGUCCGAGGGGACCAAAGCCGUCACCAAGUACACCAACUCCAGGCCCUGAAGUCCCGUCCAGACGCCGCCAAAGUUUACGGACACGCCUGGACUGCAGCACGUAUAUCACUGGUUGAUGUAGGCAGAAUUUAAGUUGAGUUUUUAGUUGCUGUUUUGAUUAAAUAAGUGGUGACACCUGCUUA